AUGGCUUCCAGUGAUGAUGACCUCAAGAAUAGUCUGGAACCUUAUAUGACUAUGGCUCAAGUCCUUGUUCUCCCAAUUUCUACUGUCUCUGUUUUGUAUUUUAUCUAUGUGGUAUUUGGACUAUCCAUCCAUGUUCUUUAUUUCCACCACAAUGGCUCCACAUCCAAACUAUACUUGGGGUGCACCAUAGCGCUCUUUUUACUUGCCACUAUCUAUAUUGCUAUGAACACUUGGGGAAAUUUCCUGGAAGCUGUAGUUCUUUUUAGUGCUGCAUCAUCCAAAGACUACACUCCUCUUGUUAUGUAUCUUGAAGGUGAUGUUCAGAAAGGAGUCUGGUCAACAACUACUAGUGUCAUCUCAAAUUUAAUGAAUUCAAUUGCUGAUUUAAUGCUGAUUCACCGUUGCUAUAUUAUCUGGAACUCAAAAAAAUUGGUGCUAUAUCCACUUGCUCUUAUUGCUUUCAUUCUGAAUGGAAUAGAUUUAGGAUGCAUAAUUGCAAUCUCUUUUGGGCUGAGCAACCUUUCUAAAGAAUCUAAUAGUAUUCUUAUAAUCAAGGCUCUCUCACUUGAUAGUACUGGAGUUGCAAUAAGUAUUGUUGCUUUUCAAAUCAUUCUGGCAUUUAUAACUGGGGGCCGAAUUUGGUGGAUUAGCUAUGAAGCAAGAAAGAUGAUGGGAAAAUCAACUCAUACAAAGUAUAAAACAAUGGUGAUUAUCAUCAUUGAAUCUGGGUUUCUAUAUGCAAGCACUAUGCUAGCUGUAGCUGUUGUCAAUCUCAGUGCAGAUAACUCAGUUUAUGGUAUUCUUCCUUUUGAUCCUUUCUCUCUAUCAACUUUAAUCUCAGGCCUUGCUCCUACCUUGAUCAUUGUUCGGGUGGCAUAUGGAAAAUCUAUCAACAGUGUUCAACAGGUGCUAUCAACAAUGAAUUUUGCCGAUGGUCAGGAAAGUCAGCAGCAAGAUACAAGUGCAACAAAACAUGUAGGCAUUGGCCUUAAAAUGGAAACACAGUCCAAUAGCAUUAUUGGAAAGAAUUUAUCACAUGGUGCAGAUCGUUCACUCAGGGUGAAAGAGACAUUUGAGGUCUAG